AUGUUAUCUGUGAUUUUUUACAUGGGACUUUUGGCGAUUUCAAAGGCUUAUGUUAACGUUGCCGUUAACAAACCAGCAUACCAGCAGUACCCUCUAUAUGACGGUAAGGACACGUAUAACGCCAGUAACGCUGUUGACGGACGUAAAUCUAACCUAAGCUUGAACGGAGGUCAAUGUGCUGUAUCAUGGGCCUCAACAACCGCCACCUGGUGGGUAAACCUGACCAGCAUCCACAGUAUUCAUCACAUCACUAUCUACUUCAGGACGGACAAUAACGAUUCCAUGUUUCGGGCGUACAUAGCAGAGGAUUUACUUGGAUUCUCUGUGUAUGUCUCCAAUACCACGGGUAGAUCACAGGGAACGUUGUGUUUCAAGGACGACAGCUUCACAAUACACACAAUGCCUCCUGUCAUCACAGCAAACUGUUUUGUCCAUGGACAAUAUGUCAUCUACUACAACGAGAGACUACCAGGAGUUGUCUACCCUGACGGUCAUAAUAGAUAUGUUGCCAGUUUACUGUGUGAAGUAGAAGUGUAUGGAUGUCCAGAUACAGGGUUUUACGGAUCUAACUGCUCCAUUCCCUGUCCAGAUGUCAACUGUCAGUACUGUCACAUAGAGACGGGCUAUAGCCAGUGUUGUAAACCUGGGUACCAAGGUCAUCAAUGUGAAUUAGUGUGUCCAUCAGGAUCCUAUGGCGCUGCAUGCAAUUUUACGUGUGGAAACUGUCGUGACGUGAACCAGUGUGACCAUGUUACUGGAGCAUGUUUAACUGGAUGUAGUGCUGGUUAUAUGGGGGAUUUAUGUAAAACACCUUGUCCUUCUGGAUUCUUUGGGCAAAACUGUUCGGAGAUAUGCAAAGACACCUGUUCAGGAUGUAAUAAUUUCAAUGGUUUGUGUGACUCUGGAUGUAUCCCUGGUUGGAUGGGUGACCUCUGUAAUAAAGAAUGUGCAAAAGGAUCGUAUGGCACUCGCUGUAAUGAAACAUGUGGAAACUGCCGCGAUGUAAACGAGUGUUCAAAUUUCAAUGGAACUUGUUUGACCGGAUGUGAUGCUGGUUUUGAAGGAAACUUAUGUAGAACAAUCUGUGCCAGCGGUUUAUACGGCGUUGACUGCAAAGACAUUUGUGGAAACUGCCGUGAUAUUGACCUAUGCUUUCAUACAAACGGAACAUGCUUAACUGGAUGUGCUGAUGGUUACCAGGGAGACUUGUGUAAAACACCUUGCCCACUUGGUUUUUUUGGAAAAGACUGCAUUAAGAAAUGCACGGAAACGUGUCUAGGGUGUAUAAAUGUCAAUGGUUUAUGUGCUGCUGGGUGUCUUCCGGGCUGGAUAGGAAACUUUUGCGAUAAAGAGUGUCAUACAGGAUUUUUUGGCGUCUCAUGCAAAAAGACAUGCGGAAACUGUCAUGAUUUAAAACAAUGUGACCACACUAAUGGUACAUGCUUAACUGGAUGUGUGUCUGGUUAUAUGGGGGAUAUGUGUCAAACACGUUGCCAACCUGGAUUUUUUGGACGAGACUGCUCUGAGAAAUGCAUCGACACAUGCAAUGGAUGUAAUGAUGUCAAUGGUCUGUGUGACUAUGGUUGUAUACCUGGCUGGAUAGGAUAUUUCUGCAAUAAAGGUAUUGAUCAGAAUAAUACAUGCCGUAGGGCAAAUUUCUAA